AUGCCGUUGCCUGGAGUACGAUACUACAACCAAACAGCGCCUUUCUGGGACUGGGUAGCUCAGCUCGAAGAGCAAGGCGCUCAACACCCCUCCUUCGGCGGCCGUAACCAACAAGGCGAGGAUUCUACAUCCGACAACGGGCAACAACGCCCAAAUCCAUGGGCUGAAGGAUGGGGUGCCUUUCCUUUCGGACCUUUCCCUCAUCGCGGUCGCAGACACGGAUCGCCUGGCCGUCAUUGUGGACCACCUCCACCUCCACCGCAUGGCCCGCCUCCUGACAACGAGAAGGGCUCGGAACACGACAACCCCGACGAAGGUCCGUCCGAGCCACGCGGCCCUCCUCCACCCUUCUUUGACGGGCCACCACCACAUCACGGACCCGGACCACAUCGCCAUCACAGCCCUCCUGGUGGGCGUGGCCGAGGCGGCCGCCGCGGCAGGGCCGGCUUCGGAGGUCCAUGGGGUCGUCACGGCCAGCAUCAUUUCGGUCCAGGAGGCUUUGGAGGAUUAGCCGAGAUGUUUCAGUCUCAUAUCUUCGGCGAUGGCGAGAAGGGUGGCGCGACCGACAAGUCUGAAGACUUCAAGCCCGACGUUGAUGUCUUCGAUACUGCUGAGGCGUUCAUCGUACACGUCUCCUUGCCAGGAGCAAAGAAGGAGGACGUGGGAGUCAACUGGGACUCGGAGAAGUCUGAGCUCAAUAUCGCUGGAGUCGUCUACCGCCCGGGCGAUGAGGAGCUGUUGAAGACGCUUGCACUGGAUGAGCGUAAGGCCGGGGCAUUUGAAAGGAAGGUGCGCCUGGGCAGCAGGGCGAAUCCCGCGCAGGUUGACAUGGAUGGCAUCAGCGCGAAGCUUGAGGAUGGUGUCUUGAGGGUGGACGUGCCUAAGCUUGACGCUGGAUACGUGGAGGUGAAGAAGGUCGAUAUCGAGUAG